CAGGAAAGAAGGAUAGAAGACUGUGCAGGAAAUGUUGAAAUCUACAGUGGCAAAUAAAAGGAAGCCUGGGUUGGGAUACAAUUUAUUUCAAGUCGGAGAUACAUGUGAAAAAGUUUUAGCAUUUUUUAUCCUAAUAAUCACUUAACACAUUUGAUUAGACGCAUGGCUUUUCUGCUGAGUACCAUAGUGCUGCUUUUAGGAGCCCUAGGAACCGACUCUCUAUGGACAGUAAGCAAGAUAACAGCUCAAAGUGGAGGAUCUGUCACCAUUCCCUGUCACUACCAUCAGCUGCACAAGAACUCGGAAAAGCUCUGGUUCAAGGGCAAGAACUGGCUUACCUGCUUGAAACUGCGACCUACCAACCAAGAGAAGCGAACAGGCAUCAGCUUUUACAACAGCCCAGAUGAACUGGUAACAACCAUGACGAUGACAAACCUGCGCAGCAGUGAUUCGAACCGCUACUGGUGUGCAGUCAAAAUACGAAAUACCUUUGUCAGAACAUCUCUAGAGCUUACCGUCACUGAGGGUACUCCAGAUCUGUCAGCAGCCAGCAACAGGGUGUCAGGAGAAGAGGGCGGCAAUGUUACUGUACAGUGUCUCUACAGUGACAAAUUUAAAGAUACUGAGAGAAAAUGGUGCAGAAGUGGAGAUCUGCACUCCUGUCAAACGGCUCAGGAUAUAGAGCCAUCCCUUGGUGCAGCUCUACAGAUAAAUGAGACAAAUGAUGGCGCUUAUACAGUGACACUGACAGGACUGAAGAAGACAGAUGCAGGCUGGUAUUGGUGUAUGGCUGGGGAAGUGCAGGUUCCCGUUCAUAUCAAUGUUGAUUCAAGACAACUCAUUACAGAUGCCAACACAAGUCCUUUCACGUUUACGACUGCACAAUCUUUCACUUCAUCUAACUCUUUAGAUGUACACAACCAUAAUUCAGUAGCAACACUUGUACCCAAAACAUCAAAAUUACCUGAAAGUACUUCGAUUCAGACAGAAAAAACUGACCAGACAUCUACGGCAUCCCCAAAGCAGUUUCAUUCAACGACACAGUCCUCAUCCUAUCCAACCACAACGGAGACCUCAAACAAUGACCCAUCUCACAGCAGUAGUACUGUUAGGACAACACUAACCAGCAGAUCAACAACUCCACAUGUUGGUAGUAACUCUACAGUUACUCUGUCAUCUAAAGAUCUGACAUUAGAACCCAAAACCACUUAUGAAAGCAGGGACCUUAUUUGGGUGAUUGCACUAGUCUGUGGUGCACUGCUUAUAUUACUGUUACCUGUGAUUUCCUGGAAAAUGUUGUCAUGGCAUAGUAAGACCUCUAUUAUUAUUAUUAUUAUAUGUUUAUUGUAUGAGGUUGGUUAUUAUAUCGUACACUUAAUUGUUCAAUAAGCAUUCACUAUAAUU